CGUUCCUCCUGCUCCCCCGGCCAAGCCUUGUCCUGCUAUAAAACCAAGCCACCCGGGCAGCUCGCAUCAAUCGAGGCGCGGGAGGAGAGAUGGAUUGCGGCGACGAGCAGGCGAAGCACAACGGGCAUGCCGGCGGCGACGCGUCGGAGUGGAAGAAGGUGGAGGAGAUGAGGUCUGUUGUCCAGGCCCAGGACCCCGCGUCCAAGGAGGAGGACGACUUUGCGUUGCGGCGAUUCUUGCGUGCCCGUGACCACAACAUCGGCAAGGCAUCAGCGAUGUUCCUCAAGUACCUCUCGUGGAAGCGCACCGCAAAGCCACGGGGCUCCAUCGCCGAAGACGAGGUGCACAACGAGCUCGUGCAGGACAAACUCUACGUGCAGGGCUUCGACAAGGUAGGACGCCCCAUGAUCUACCUCUUUGGUGCCCGGCACCUCCCUGCGAAGCGCAAUCUCGAAGAGUUCAAGCGCUAUGUCAUCUACAUCCUCGACAACACAUGCACACAGUUGUCGGUGGGUCAGGAGAAGUUUGCAGCGGUGGUCGACCUAAAAGGGUGGGGGUAUGCAAACUGCGACAUCCGAGCGAAACUGGCGGCAUUGGACAUCAUGCAGAACUACUACCCAGAGCGGCUUGGGCGGGUCCUCCUAAUCCAUGUGCCCUACGUGUUCAUGGCGGCGUGGAAGAUGGUGUACCCUUUCAUCGACGAUAACACCAAGAAGAAGUUUAUGUUCGUCGCCGACCGGGACCUCAAUGCUACGCUUCGGAACGCUGUCGACGAGUCCCAACUACCCGAAGUGUAUGGCGGGAAGCUCAAGCUCAAGGGCUACUGCAGUUCGUCGCCGCCACCUUCAUCAACAAGCGAAUGAUGGAUCCAUUCAUACUUGUACGAUGUAUGUGCAGACCACAUGGUGAUCUGUCCAUUGAUGUUGUUCACUGCACAUGCAAUUAAGGGUGUCAAAUUAUAAACGUACAUUGCCCCCACGUUCUUUAACACUGAAGAAAGUAGUACGCAUGCGGUACUACGGAUGAGUACGGGCAAUUUUGAACUUACUUCUAUGUUUGAACAGAAGUUAUGUU